CGCCACACCGCGCGCACCGUUCCAGCGCCAUGGCAACGGGAGCGAGCGCGCGUUCACCGGGAGCGAGAGAGCGCGAGCGGGGAUGCCCGUUCGCACGCGGCCGCCUGGGCAAGCUGGUGAGCGGAGGUUCUAUCGUUAACGCCGAGGCGGUAUGGGAUCAUGUGACCAUGGCGGACCGCGAGCUGGCCUUUAAGUCCGGUGAUGUCAUCAAAGUUCUGGACUCGUCCAACAGGGACUGGUGGUGGGGACAGAUCGACGAUGAGGAGGGCUGGUUUCCUGCCAGCUUCGUCCGGGUGGACCCCAACUCCACCCAGCCUCCGUCCAAGCAGCAGCUUUUAUACAUCAGUCCGGUCGUCGCCCCGCUGAAGCUGUGGGUGAAUCAGGAGGACGCGGUGUCGGCGGACCCGGCCGAGGGCUGCAGCGAGGUGCAGAACGGCCACGCCGAGGCGAGUCCGAACCCGAGCAGCGACUGCGUGUGCCUGAGCCAGAUGGUUCAGAACAGAGACCAGAUGAGAGCAAACGUCAUCAACGAGAUCAUGAGCACCGAGAGGCACUACAUCAAACACCUGAAGGACAUCUGUGAGGGCUACCUGAAGCAGUGCAGGAAGAGGAGGGACAUGUUUAACGACGACCAGCUAAAGGUGAUUUUCGGGAACAUCGAGGACAUUUACAGGUUCCAGCUCGGCUUCGUCAGAGACCUGGAGAAACAGUUCAACACUGAGGAACCUCACCUGAGCGAGAUCGGACCCUGCUUCCUGGAACACCAAGACGGGUUCUGGAUCUACUCCGAGUACUGUAACAACCACGUGGACACCUGCAUGGAGCUGACGCGGCUCAUGAGGGACGGACGCUACCAGAACUUCUUCGAAGCGUGCAGGCUGGUCCAGCAAAUGAUCGACAUCGCCAUCGACGGCUUCCUGCUCACGCCGGUGCAGAAGAUCUGCAAAUACCCGCUACAGCUGGCAGAGCUGCUAAAAUACACCGUACAGGAGCAUAGUGAUUACCGGUACGUCGCCGCAGCGUUGGCCGUGAUGAGGAACGUAACUCAGCAGAUCAACGAGAGAAAACGGCGACUCGAAAACAUCGACAAAAUCGCCCAAUGGCAGGCCUCCGUACUGGACUGGGAGGGGGAGGACGUACUGGACAGGAGUUCGGAGCUGGUGUACACAGGAGAGCUGUCCUGGAUCUAUCAGCCGUACGGACGGAGCCAAACCCGCGUUUUCUUCCUCUUCGACCAUCAGAUGGUCAUCUGCAAAAAAGACCUGAUCCGGCGUGAUAUACUUUACUACAAGGGCCGGAUCGACAUGGAUCGUUACGAGGUCUUGGACACCGUCGACGGUCGCGACGACGACUUCAACGUCAGCGUCAAAAACGCCUUCAAACUCAGCAACAAAGACUCAGAUGAGAUCCACAUAUUCCUCUCCAAAAAGCUGGAGGAGAAGAUCCGCUGGUUACGAGCGUUUCAGGAGGAACGCAAGAUGGUGCAGGAGGACGAAAAGAUCGGGUUCGAGAUUUCGGGGUAUCAGAAGCGACAGGCAGCUCUCACAGUCAGGAGAGUCACCAAACAGAAAGGCACAGGACGCUCAGCCCCGCCCUCCUACCCCCCGCCCCUGGACCCCACGAACCCGGGUCAGUUCCUCCUCCCGGACGGAUACGACUUUGAGCCCAAACGCAGCACGUCACCUUUCUGGCACAACAUCAGCCGCUUAGCGCCCUUCAAGAAAUAGCCACGGACACGGCGACGCCCUUCCAGCAACAACAUCAAGUACAAAAACAAACAAACUAUCUAACGAAUCAAAAAGAAGAAGCACUAUCCAACCAGAGAUCACCGCCGAGUGAAACCCACGGAGCGCUGCGGCUUUCUGCAACAAUCAACACACACACACACACACACACGCUGCAGAGAGGAGGAAACUCGCUACACUGGGUCACAGCGCCCCCUGUAGAGCUGGCUGCACUGAACUAUAUACACAUACACACAAAUUCCCAUCUACACACUCGUGUAUCCCUUUGGAAACCAAACCACAAGCCCGGUGCCAUUCCCCGUCUCCGUCCAGUGGGAUUUCGGAGACGUGUUUUUCCCUUUUCUCUUCAAACCAAGCAGGAAGUGUUCAGACGUUCUAAAAGAGAAAAACAAAACAGACUAACGACUCUCCCCUCUCCAGCGCCGCCCUGGUGUUCCUCCGUGCACUGUGACUAAUUGGGGCAUUUUUUCCCCCCUCGCCCUCACUAUCUCUUUUAACUCAGACAGUGUGAAGCCCGGUCGAUCCUGCAGUAUUUGGGUUUUUCCUUCGUGUGCGUGCAGGUUUCUCUCUCUGUGUGUUGCAUUCUUUCAGUUCUGUUCUGCAUGAGGAUACUAAACAAUCCAAGUACAGCUAUUUUAUAUUCUUACGGGUCAAAGUCAGUAAAAUAUGGUAGUUUUUUCUACUAAAC